AUGACCUCCGAACACACCGUCGCCAAAGUCCUCCUCGAAUGGAUAAACAGUUUCUCCCUCGGCAAAACAAUCCGAGACACCGAAGAACUCAGCGACGGCAUCAUUCUUUGGGAAAUUCUACAAGAUAUCGACCCUCAAUAUUUCCUCGACGAACUCCCCGAACGCAACCCGUCCGACCACUGGGUUACAAAAUGGCAGAACCUCAAACACCUCCACAAACUCCUGACGGGGUACAUUCGGAAACAGUUCGAUGAUGAGAUCCCUUCCGGAUUGGAUCCAUCGCCGGAUUUGAAAGCUAUUUCCGAGUCAAAUUCGUUAAAGGAGACGAACAAGUUGCUGAAGUUACUCCUGAUUGCGGCUAUUAGCUCACCCAACGCCGAGACGUAUGUGACAACGCUGCAAAAGUUGAGUACGCCGACUCAAGAGGGACUCAAGAAUAUAAUUGAGGAAGCUCAUAAUUCGCAACAUGAGGAUCUGUCGGCGGACGAGGAGGAUGGAGAUGGCGCUCCGAAGCGUGACCUCGCAGUCGACCCGGAAUUACAAUUUGAGGAGAGAGUAGGCAAGGUCUUGGCGGAGAAUGAUCGGUUGGCCACUGAAAAGAAAGAAAUGGAAAAAGCAUUGGAGGAUUUGCAUAAUCGUCUAGCUCGCUUGCAGGAGAACAAUGAUACUCUUCAAACCCGACUUGCGUCAACUGAGGAUCGAUUGGUGACGUUGAAAUCGGGCAAAGGAGACGUAGGAUUUAGUGCAAAGGCUCUGGAAAGCAGAUCACGACAGCAAGAGGAGCUGAUUGCCAACCAAGAAGCGAAAUUAUCAGCUGCACAAGAUGAAAUCGAUAGUCUCAAAAUGUCACUGGAAUCUAUGCGGGUCAAGACACAACGAUUCCAGAAAUUACAGGAUGACUACGACGAGAUGAAAACUGAGAGAGACCAGCUGAUUCGCAAGGCAAAUGCAGCAGAGAAAUAUCGCCAGAAACUGCAAGCAAGCCAGGACUUUGAGAAGGAGAACCAAACAUUGAAAAAUCAGGUCAAGGAUCUUCAACAACAACUGAAAGAAGCCGAUUCGAACCAGAAGCGGUCCUCGGAACGUGAUGUGGAGCUUGAAGAGUAUAGACGCGUGUUGCCGCGCAUCGAGCAGGAUCGUCAUGAAAUUCAGAGUUUGAAGAAGCAGUUGGAAUUCAAUAAUCAUGCUUUGACUGAGCGCCUUCAGGGCGCGGAAGAGCAACGGGAUAGAGACGAGGCGUUGAUUAGUGAAUUGCGUGAACGGAUUCGAGAACUAGAAGGUUCGACUGAUAGUCCUUCUUAUACACCUGGAAAUGCAUCUCCUAGGUUGCAAAGUACUUUGCAGAAGGAUCUUGACGAUAUUGGGGCAAGGGAAACUCAGCUGAAAUCGGAGAAUGAAGAAUUGAGGAAGGAAGUCAAUAAAUUGAAAAUGACCAACACGCUCGGAUCAAGUCUCGAGGGAUAUUCCGAGAAUCUUAUCUUGACAGCACAACUGGCCCAAGCAAAGUCUUCACAGAGUGACGAGUACUGGAAACUCUACGAUCAAUAUGCAGAGAUUCGCCAAAAGUUGGCCGACGCAGAAGAUCUAAUCGAUGCCACCAAGAGACAACUCGACGAUGCCCGAGCAGAGCUACAACUCGUCGACAAAGAAAAACUCGACAUGAUAACCGAAGUCAAAGACUCCAAUUCAGGCGAAAUCACCAAAAUCCGCGAAGAAUGGGACCAACUAACGCGCAAAAUCCACCAUCUCGAAGCCGAAAUCGACGUCUCUCAAGCCCUUGUCCGAGACAUGUGUGUUGAGCGGAAUGAAUUACGCGCUUGCCUUGAAGAGAAGCAGGCAGCCAUGCGCGCUGAAGACGAGGACUUCAUAAAGGAGAUUGAGACGUUGUUGGCUGAGUUUGCGGCGAGAGCAAAGACGGAGAAUCCGGAUGCGCCUGAGAAAUCAGGUAUUGAGUUGUUGAAGCAUUUUGCGGACGUGACGGAGAAGAGCGCAGAGACACUCGCGAAGAGGGCUGAACAUAUCGAUCAACAAAACGAUCUCAUCAAGUCACUGCAAGAACAAAUCAGACAUAUCGAAGAAGCCAGGGGUGAUCAAGACGAUGAUAGCAUUCCCAAACAACGCGAGCUCGAACUCCAAGAAAUCAUCAACCGCCAAUCUCGCGAAAUGGCUCUGAUCUGUUCGGCAUGGUACGACCUCCAGGGCCGCCUACAACAUAGCAACAUUACCGUUGCGCGAUACCGACAUACUGCCACUGGUGCAGGAGGGGGUAGUGCAGAUAUGCAAAAGGGAUGGCUCGCGAAGCAGAGGAAUCUUGUAUCUGUGGCGAGUUUUGGUAGAUAAGUCUGUAAAAAAGGAACGGGGGAACUUGCUGUAAGUUGUUUCACUUAGUCAUAUAACCUAGACUGCUUUUUAAUAUUCUUGUCAUUUUCUGUCACCUAUUCACUUCAUGUCAUAUUUCCUAGACUUCAGCAUACAUAGGGGUUUUAUACCAGUCUUUCGUUUGCAUUACUUUUAUCGGUGCAUCAUUCGCUGUAUCAUCAUUUCUUUGCAUUCUCUAUUAUUGUACAUGUUUUCUAAAUAGAAGCAUAAUUGGUAGAUCUUGUACAAUCAACACAACUUUUCAUAUUAUAUACAUAUAACCAAAACAAAACGUCUAGACAACCACUCAAACCCACUGUCUAGAAUGCUUCAACACAUCCAACAACUCCCUCUGUCUCUUAACCUCCUCCGUCUCCUCCACACCAUCCUCCGACUGAGUCGAAGCACCCUCCGUCCUCGUCCCCGAGACAGAAUCCAUAUAAACCCAGCUCGCGGUACGAGGCAGACUCAUCAGGAUACUCUCAACCCUCGCAUUGGGCGUCCUAAGCCCAAAACUCGUGCCACGAUCAUACACCAGAUUAAACUCAACAUAUCGGCCCCGCCGGAGUUGUUGCCAUUCUUUCUGUUCGGGGGUAAAAGGUGUAUCCUUUCGGCGUUCCAGGAUGGGGACGUAGGAAGGUAGAAACGAACCUAGAGCGUCACUCACGAAAGAGAAUAACGUUUCCUGCGGAUUUUGCGAAGACGAUGAUGAGCUCUGCAAGAAAUGGGCGUCGAGAUCAUCAAAGAAGAUACCGCCUAUACCUCUCGCUUCAUUGCGGUGCGGGAGAUAAAAGUAUUUAUCGCACCACGUCUUGAAUCGAGGGUAAUAUGUACUAUCAUGCCUAUCACAGACAUCCUUGAUUGUCUGAUGGAAAUGCUUGCAGUCCUCCGGAUAAAGAUACGAAGGCGUCAAAUCAGUUCCACCUCCAAACCACCAAUUCUUAUCCCCAUUAACCGGAUCUUUCGGGUCUGAGGUUUCAAAGUACCGAUAAUUCAAAUGCACCGUCGGAGCAUGCGGAUUAUGCGGAUGCAACACGAGCGACAGUCCAGCAGCGAAGAAACUCAGUGAAUCCACAUUUGCACCGACAAAGGACUUGUGAUCUGCGCGCAUUUUCUCAAUGGCUGGGCGUGGUAAUUCGCCAUACACAACCGACACAUUGACACCGGCUUUUUCAAAGACGUUGCCGUCCUGGAGGACGCAGGAUAUACCGCCUCCGCCGUUGGGACGGGUCCAUGUAUCGGCUUGAAAGGGUUUGCCGUCGAUUCUGCUGAGUUCGUCUGUGAUUUUCUUUUGGUGUUCUUUGAUCAAUUUCUCCAUUCGUAGGCGCAUCGGGGAGUCGUCGGUGACGGGGGAUUUUUCUUUGAGCGCUUUAUCUAUUUCGGCG